AAAUGAAGCCACUGCCAGGAGAUGCCCCACUGAAGCACCCAGCAGCGUGGCCAACAUGGCGUUUGAUGGCACAUGGCAAGUCUAUACCCAAGAGAAGUAUGAGGAGUUCCUGAAAGCAAUUGCCCUGUCAGACGAUAUCAUUAAAACCGCCAAAGACAUCAAGCCCAUAACUGAAAUCCAUCAGACCGGGAAUACUUUUGUCAUCACAUCCAAAACCCCCAACAAAUCUGUCACAAAUACGUUCACACUGGGAAAAGAAGCAGAAAUGACCACCAUGGAUGGGAAAAAGGUCAAGUGCACAGUAAAUCUCGUCGAUGGAAAAUUAAUAGCCAAGUCAGACAAAUUCACCCACGAGCAGCAAAUUGUAGGCAAUGAAAUGGUGGAGACCAUCUCCUCCGGCUCAGCCACAUUCACCCGAAGGAGCAAGAAGAUUUAAAAAAUGCAGAAGAUGGGCUUUAUUAUUAUUUUUUUUUG